UGUUACGUUUGGGGAAGUUGCUCAAUAUCGGAAAACACACUUUAACCUCACUGUGAACAAAAUAUCCGUUCGCUGCUGAUCUGCUUUUUUAUGAAUGCAUCAGCCGGAGCAUAAUUAACACAUAUACGCCGUGUAACAUGACAAAAUGAGUUCCAAAUAAGAAACCUAAGAAACCUAAAGCGUUUCUUCUUUUUUUUUUUUUUUUUUUUUUUUUUAGAGUUUCCUCGCCGGAUGGAUAAUUCACCUACUUCCGCUACUUAUAUUCGUAACAUCAGUUAUGGUUUACGCCGUAAAUUGUCCGACUUUUUGGACCCCCACGACAUGUGGAAGGAUGUGAUCGUGUCCAUACGGAAGCCGAACGGGGAGCUGAGGUACUCUCAGCACCAUGUCAGGAGAUUUGAGUGCCUUGUCGCCCAGGGUAAGAGCCCCACUGUGGAGCUGCUCAAUGACUGGGGGACCAGCAACUGCACAGUGGGCGAACUUGUGGACAUUUUGAAGAGUCACAAGUUACUGGCUGCUGCAAGUGUCCUGCUGCCUGUGGAAGAGUUCGCUUCAGCGGAGAUGCCGCCGGUCUCCACAGUAAAAACAGACAGCGCUCUUUCAACCAGACCGCUGGCAGAGAGAGAGGUGCAGACGGAGCAGGUCACCUCUGUCCUGCAGCCAGACGCACCGCCUGACAGCAGUGAACCAGGUUUCUCCAGUUUCCCGUACAGUGAGCUGAUGAGGAUUACCGGCAACUUUGACGACCGUUCCUCGUCAGUCGGGGGCAGCCGAAUCGGAGAGGGAGGCUUUGGGACGGUCUACAAAGGUCUCCUGAACAACAUGCCUGUUGCAGUGAAAAAGCUCAAUCCGAUGGAUGACAUGACACCUGAAAAGCUGCAAGUACAGUUCAACCAAGAGAUCCAGACUCUAAAAGCGUUGAAACACGAGAACUUGGUCGACAUGGUUGGAUUUUCCUGCGAUGAACAGCACCUGUGUCUGGUGUACGCCUUCAUGGCCAACGGCUCUUUGUUGGACCGACUGGCUUGUUUAGACGGAAGUGCUCCGCUGUCAUGGCAACAGAGAUGCUUGAUCGCAGAGGGGACAGCUAGAGGUUUGGAGUAUCUGCACAGCAACCACCAUGUGCACAGAGAUGUUAAAAGUGCCAACAUCCUGUUAGAUGAAAACUUCGUGGCAAAGAUCUCGGACUUCGGCCUGACCAGAGCGUCAGCCAAGCGGACGUCAUCCACCAUGAUGACGGACAUGGUGGUGGGCACCCGCGCGUACAUGGCCCCCGAGGCGCUCCGAGGGGAGAUAACGCCAAAAUCUGACGUCUUCAGCUUCGGAGUGGUGUUGUUAGAAAUAUUAUCUGGACUCCCGCCAGCGGAUGAAAACAAGGAGCCACAGUUCUUGAUGGAGAUGAGGUAUGACAUAGACGACGAGGAGCUGACGCUGGAGGACUUCGUGGACAAAAAGAUGAAAGACUGGGAGCUGAGCCAGGUGGAGAGUAUCUACUCUCUGGCCGGCAACUGCCUCCACGACAGGAAAAACAGGCGGCCGCUCAUCAAACAGGUCUUCUCGGAGAUUCAUGGAGUCGUUAAAAGCAUUUCCCUGGACUCUCCGGCUCGGCAGUGAAGCGUUGCAGAGAAGAUUUGUGAGCCCCCUCCCGUCAGUCGCAGUGCACGGGCCGACAAAUGUAUCUCCUUCCCAACAAAGUAGCGUAUAAAUGAAUAUCGCUUGUUGACUCUGACGGUCGGUUGCUCACCAAGACAAGAAGCGUUUUUAAAAGAUUUUAAGAUUUGUGUAGCUUUGUACAGGUGCAAUUGUGGCAAAAAUAAUGCAUUACACUGGAAUGAUGUGAGGCUGUUGUGUAUUAUUAUUAACUGUAAAGGGAAUAAAUGAACGUGUGAUUUAAAUAUUUUAUUUUUCUUCAUUAAAAGAAAGAUUUGUAAGAAAACAAAUAAGACCGAACAUGAUUCUUUUCUCUAUUAUAAUGACACUGUUUGUGUAUAAAGGGGUCUUCCCUUCAAACAUGAGGUGAGCUUAGUAGUUUGCCUAAUAUUAAUCAGUAGACCAGUGGAUGUGGCAACAUUUUGAUCAAGGUUCUUAUAUUAUUCCCUUUUCCUAUCCGGUUAGCUUGGCAUUCCCUCUUGUGUAUGGGGACCAGCGAAGUCAGAGUGGCUUCCUCUUACUGAAAUCUGAGAUGUAUUGAUGGAAUAUUUCUGGAAGCCCCAGUACUUUCCAUGCCGACAAUCACCAGAACAGACCAUUUUCUGAAUCAUAGAGCAUCACACAGCUACAAUAUGUACAUUUACAGCACUUGCAUAGAAAAAUAAGUUUCUCAGCAGAUGAUUUUUUUUUUUUCAUGUAAACCACAGUUAUAUCAAAAAAGAAGUCAAUUUUCCAAUAUAAAAUGCACUGUUAAAACGAAUCGAUAGACACAAGUGGGACCAUUAGAAUAUUUUCCGCUUUGGAGCACCUCGUUGUGCAAACAGUAGGAGACGAAUGUUGGACACAUUAGACGCAGGAACAUUAAUUAACACGGACUCAAGGAAUGCAAGUUAAGAUUUCGAGCAUGUGAACUCAAAAA